AAUCCCGAAAACAUGGAUGGAGCACGUGUUUACAACGUUAUAGCAGGGGCUGAAACUGGACUUAUUAAAGGUAUUAACAUCGCCCAAAACUCCUGGAAAAAUUUAAAUGACUUAUCCAGUGCAAAUAAGAAAAACGAAAUUAACGUAUUACAAUGGUUUAAUAAAGAUCAAGAUACUAUUAUAGCAGGAUUACGAAGUCGUAAGGUUAUUCAAUUAAACUUGUCUGAUGAAAGUGGAAAAGAAUUAUUAGAAUGUGAAGUAGGAACAGGAAAUUUUACUGGUUUGGAAGUUUUUGAGAAUUCUAUUGUAACUUCCGUUGAAAGUGGCGAAAUUAAUAAAUGGAACCUUGAUGAGAAUAAUAAAGAAGACGAAACGCAAUGUAUUAUCAAUGCUGGAAAAAAUAUUUGCCGUAUGAGACAAAACUAUUCCAAUAGUAAUUUAAUAGCGACAGGAGGAAAAGAAAAUUGUCUAAAAAUAUGGGAUUUGAAUCAACCUGAAAAGCCGUCUUUUAUAGCUAAAAAUGUAAAAAAUGAUUGGCUUGAUCAUCGUGUUCCUAUUUGGGUUAAAGAUAUCUCUUUCGUUCCUAAUUCAAAUAAAGUUGUCACCUGUACAGGACAUCAUCAGAUAAGACUUUAUGAUUUAUCUGGUAAACAAAAACGCCCCGUACUCGAAGCAAAAUAUGAUGAAUAUCCCUUAACAAGUUUAGCUCUAGUUGGAGAUGGAAAUCAAGUUAUUGUGGGUAAUACUCAUGGAAAUAUGGGUCUUAUCGACUUGAGAAAAGGUCAAUUGGUUUAUAAUUAUAAAGGAAUAGCCGGAUCUAUAAAGAGCUUAAUGUGUCAUCCAUCUUCAAAAUAUGUUGCAUCAUGCGGUCUUGAUCGUUUUGUUAGAGUGCACGAUAUUAAAACAAGAAAACUUGAAUAUAAAUUUUAUUUGAAGAGUAAGCUUAAUUGCUUACUAUUUUCAAAUUUAUCAAUAGAAAAUGAAGAGGAAGAGACAAGCAACGAUGCGAAAAAGGAUAAUGAUGAUAUGUGGGAAAAUAUGGAAACUGUUGGCGCGUCAAAUACGAAAAGAAAGAUAAACGAUAAGGAUAAUAAAGAGAAAAAGAAGAAGAAAAAAACUUAG